AUGGGGCCACCUCGAGGCCUGGCCGCCGCGCUUCACGCAGUCCCGGUCCUCCUGGCUCCGGCCGGCGCCUUUGCCCGUGCGCCGGGGGAUGUUGCGAUCUGGGGAGGGCGAUGGGCGUCGCAGAGAGGGGGCCGCCGCCGCACCUGCCCGCUGCGACCUAGUGGCACACCUGGGCUCCGGCCCGCUUUGCCCCGUGCGCCGGUGAAGGCUGCGAGGCGGAAUCGCCGGUCGUCGAUGGCCCUGCCUCCGCGCCUGGCCGUCACGCUGGAGCUCCGCCCAGAUCCACGCCCUCUCCGCUGUGGUCGCCCUCUUGGACUGCGAGGCCAUGAAGACUCUUUGGUUGCGUUCACGCCAAAUACACCAAGUAGUGAGGAGGACAAAGGAGUCAAAGCCCUUUCUGAUAUCUGUGUUGUGCUCCAUACGUCGUCCGAGCCACCAAUCAACCAGGGAAGCAGAAAAUCUUCGGCGGUGGCGAGUCAAGGCGUAGCCCGCACAGAAGCUUGGUCCACAGCUCCCUGGUGUAGACGCAACCAGCAAAGCAGGUGA